AGUCUGCGUGAGUCCCUCGUCAACAGCAACAUGGUGACCUUGAGUGGAGCAGAAGAAACAGACAGACUGAGUGAGAACAUGUGAUUUCUCCAGCAAUGGACUGAGACAGGAGCACACACAGGACACAGACAGUGGACCUCCACCGUCCUGCCAUGGAGGGCUCAGCUGUAAGAAAAAAACCUGGAUAUGGACCUGCUAAAAAAGACACCCCUGUAGGCCACCUGCCUGUGUCUCGUAACGCUGCAGCAGACUCCAGCGGUGCUGAAAUCAACCAACCUAAAAAACUCAACGGUUCCUCAGCAGAGACGCCGAGCUACCAGAAUCUGCACCGGGAGCUGCUGCUGAGCCAUAAACGGGGCCUGCUGCUGGAGGAGAAACCAGAGCUGAAGCGAGUUCUGGAGCAGCGCAGACUGGAGCUGCACAAGGAGGAGGAGAUGGCCCGACGGAGGCCUUCAGAUCUGGAGACGGAGCUCCGCAAGAGGCAGCAGAAGCUGCAAGAGUAUGAGCAGGAAGAGAUAAGACAGCGGGAGAACGAACAGAAGAUCCCAGAGUUUGUCCGGGUCAGGGACAAACUGAGGCGCACACAGACUUUUGAGCAGCCCUGAGUCGCUCCCAUCAGCCGGUGCAGCCUCUCACCAUUGUGGCCCUAAAACCGUUCUGCUCUGCCUACUGAGCUACACAACCAAACGCACCAGAGACAACAACCUGUAGCUCCUGACAGUUUCUCUAGAAAUUAUUAUGGAUUCAUGCACGCAGACAAAAACGUAAUCCAUAUUUAGAAACGUCUUCUUAAAACUUCUGUUUCUGGUGAGGAAAUGAAGUGCUCAGUUAUUUUACUUUGUCAGUAGUUUAGUAAAA